AGGCAGUCUUAAUAUAGUUGGCGUUGCCAGGCCAAGGCCGGCAUGCGGUUGGUUGUGUUUCUGGCUCAGAUUAGGAGCCAUCCAAAAAAACAGAGCACCUCUGCUUUUUGUUUUUUUCAUCGGAACAAAUAAUAAUAAUAAACUAAUAACGGACGAAUUAAUUUACCCCAUCCAUUCCAAUGGGCAAUGCCAGAAAGGUUAUUAAGCAAUCGGAUUUCCCCAUUCCAUUCGCGCGCGCGCGCCUCGCUCGUCGGCAGUUUGUACGUACGGUACAAGCUCGCCGUCCGGCGAUCAUCCUUGAUAAUCUCAAUUAAAAUUAUACAUCCCUUUGUUAUCGAUCAUCGAUCAUCAGAUUGGUGGCUGGCUGGCUAGGCCUUAUCAGUUUGGAACCGGAUGCUGGUUGAGGAGCAGAGUUGGAGGAUCAUCCCUCUGGUUCCAGGAUUCGUUCCUGUUGGCGUUGGUGGAGGGCCCAGCACACCAUAAAUAUAAUGGGCAUCUUCUGCUGCUUCCAGUCCGAGGACAGAGGAGGCGACGGGGACGGCGAUGGCGACGGAGCGCCUCCCUCGACCUCCUCUAGCGGCUGCAGCAACAGCAGCAGCAGCAGCAAGAAGAAGAAUUUAGCGUCGGAGCGGAGCCUGGGCGGGAGCAGCAGGGACAACAACAGCAACCUGGUGAACCUGGUGAACGAGAUCGUGGCAGAGUCAGUGACUUACCGGCACAAGCGCGUGGCGGACGAGAUCCUGAAGAUCGGCAAGGGGAAGGUGACGGCGCGGGCGUUCACGUACGGCGAGCUGUCGGAGGCGACGGGCGGGUUCAGGGCGGAGUCGCUGCUGGGGGAGGGAGGGUUCGGGCCGGUGUACCGGGGGAGGCUGAGCAUCAAGGGGACGGUGACGGAGGCGGCGGUGAAGCAGCUGGACCGGAACGGGAUGCAGGGGAACCGGGAGUUCCUUGUGGAGGUGCUGAUGCUGAGCCUGCUGGCGGAGCACCCAAACCUGGUGACGCUGCUGGGGUACUGCACCGACGGCGACCACCGCAUCCUGGUGUACGAGUACAUGGCCCGCGGCUCCCUGGAGGACCACCUGCUUGACCUGCCCCCUGGCGCCGCGGCUCUGGACUGGACCACUCGGAUGCGCAUCGCGCAGGGCGCCGCCCGCGGCCUUGAGCACCUGCACGACGCAGCUCGUCCCCCCGUCAUCUACCGCGACUUCAAGGCCUCCAACAUCCUCCUCGACUCCUCCUUCCAGGCCCGCCUCUCCGACUUCGGCCUCGCCAAGGUCGGCCCCGUCGGCGACAAGACCCACGUCUCCACCCGCGUCAUGGGCACCUACGGCUACUGCGCCCCCGAGUACGCUCUCACCGGCAAGCUCACCACCUGCUCCGACGUCUACAGCUUCGGCGUCGUCUUCCUCGAGAUCAUCACCGGCCGCCGCGCCAUCGACAUGGCCCGCCCUCACGAUGAGCAGAACCUCGUCCAGUGGGCCGCCCCGCGCUUCAAGGACAAGAAGCUCUUCGCCGACAUGGCCGACCCCUUGCUCCGCGGCGCCUACCCCACCAAGGGCCUCUACCAGGCCCUCGCCAUCGCCGCCAUGUGCCUCCAGGAGGACGCCACCAUGCGCCCUGCCAUCAGCGACGUCGUCACCGCGCUCGAGUACCUCACCGUCGCCGGCGCCUCCUCCGAGCCUGCCCCUCGUCCCCAGAAGCUGCAGCCGCCGGAGGACGACGACGAUGACCAACGCCCCGCCGCAUAAUCAAUCAUAUCGAUCGUCUCUCUCUCUCUCUCUCUAUACAUGUACUACCACUAUCUAUAUAAUAUGUCAUAUACUUCUACUUCACUUAUACAGUAUAUAGCUACAGUACCUACCUACAUACAUGCUAGCUUAAUUUACGCACGUAUGCAUAUACACUCGAUCGAUACGAUUGACUGUCCU